UUGGACGAUUUCGUGAGCAUAGAAUUUGAAAGUCGGCGUCUUGUGUUCAGAACUAACCAGCUAUUGUGCCAAGUAGGAAGACGAAGAUAUAGCGUAUCAAAAGUUACUAGAGGUGCUGUGAUGUUGUCCGGGGAGGACGGUGCUCAGAUUCAGUGUUCUGUGACGGUGGAGCAUCUGACCAGCUGCGGCCAGGCAUCUCGAAGGCAGGUCAUCCGCAAAGCAUCCGUUAUCCUAGGCCGUAACGAAUUCCAGGAGAUUAUCCUCAGAGUGCACGAUGGAAAGGUGCCUCAAAGUUACCCUCUUAAAGACUUCCAGCUUUUCACCAAGUUCGUCGGCGAAGGAAAGUGCACCGUGAAGCUGCUCCCCACAAACGUCCAGGUGCUGGUGUCCAACUGUCCGCCCGAACAGCUGAAGCUUUUCCUAAAGACCCUCAGCAUCAAACAUCAAGCCUGGCAGGGUAGCAAGCCUCUGAGCGACCGGGAGAAGCUAAAAGCAGCUCUGCCCCGCAGCUUCGAAGCCAUCAGCCCCUUACAGCAAAAGGAUAUCCAGAAGGUCAACGAGAUGCGGAGUAGAAUGGCUCAAAAGGGGCUGGCUGACCGCACCAAUAAGGUACCGGUCAGGGGCACAGGGCAGCAGAUCAAACGGUCCAGGAGUGAUACCAACUUUAGCCCUGUCAAGUCCCACCCUUCUAAGAAACCCAUCCUAUCACUCCCAUCCCGUAAAUUAAACAGAGACCAGGAAGCCAUUCUCCAUGCAGUGCUGAGUGGCAAGAAUGUAUUCUUUACCGGUAGUGCAGGUACAGGCAAAUCAUUCUUGCUGAAGAGGAUCAUAGGAUCUCUCCCACCAAAGAGCACCUUUGCAACAGCCAGCACGGGAGUGGCUGCAUGUCACAUUGGAGGAACAACAUUACACACUUUUGCAGGUAUUGGCUCAGGAUCUGCCCCACUGGAGCAGUGUAUUGAGCUGGCGCAGCGUCCUGGUGUACUGCGGCACUGGACCAGCUGUCGACAUCUCAUCAUUGACGAGGUAUCAAUGGUGGAGGCCCAGUUUUUUGAUAAACUCGAAUCGGUAGCAAGGUCAGUAAGGAGGUCUAAUCAGCCAUUUGGAGGCAUCCAGCUUAUCGUGUGUGGUGACUUUCUUCAACUGCCUCCAGUUUCCAAAGGGAAGGAAAAGGCUAGCUUCUGUUUUCAGGCGAGGAGUUGGCGAAAAGUCAUUGAGGUAAACUUGGAGUUGAUGGAAGUACGGAGGCAAACGGAUCAGAAUUUCAUCUCCCUCCUCCAAGCAGUGAGGGUGGGGAGGGUGACAGAGGAAGUCACAGCCACGCUAAUGAGAAGUGCCUACCAUCAGAUUGAGAAGGACGGGAUUCUGGCCACCAGGCUUUGCACACACAAAGAUGACGUUGAGCUCACAAAUGAGAAGAAACUCCAACAGCUGCCAGGGUCAGUGCGUGUGUUUGAGGCACUGGACAGUGAUCCAGAAUUAGUGAAGACUAUAGAUGCUCACAGCCCAGUUAGCAGACUGAUCCAGCUCAAAGUAGGAGCACAGGUCAUGCUGACAAAAAACCUGGAUGUUGCUCAAGGACUGGUGAAUGGAGCUCGAGGAGUGGUGGUUGCUUUUGAAUCGGAAAAAUGUGGAUUUCCACGUGUGCGCUUUUCUUGUGGCAUCACGGAGGUGAUGAAGCCGGAGCGUUGGAUAAUUAAGUCCGGUGGUGGGAUCCACUUGAGUCGACAGCAGCUACCACUCCAGCUGGCCUGGGCUAUCUCCAUUCACAAGAGUCAGGGAAUGACGCUAGACUGCGUUGAAAUCUCUCUGGCUCGUGUAUUCGAGUGUGGCCAGGCUUAUGUGGCACUGUCCCGGGCACGGAGCCUGGAGGGUUUGAGGGUCAUGGAUUUUGACCCUCGUGUGGUUCGAGCAGAUCCAGAUGUUCUCCUCUUCUACAAAAAACUCAGAAAAGAAAGGAUGCUCAUGCAGGCCUCCAUGGACGACUUUGUCAGCAAUCACUGCAAGGAAAAUGCUCGAUUAUAA